AGUAGUCUCUGUUCUGGUGUUUUCCCUCCCAGAGCUACAAGAGUGGAGAGUUCUGGGCAGGCCACCUGCCCUCCCUGAACAAUUCAUUUUGAUUUUGAGGUAAGACUGAAUGAAGGGAAUGGGUAGGAGAAAUGCAGGGUAUUAGAGGACAUCCUUAAUACUUUCUCUAAGCCAGGCACUAAGUAUCAGAAAGGUAAGAGGGAAAGAAUGGGUUGAGUAUUAGGUGCAGGGAGGAACAUGGUGACUUUCUUGUUUCAGAGCUUCAGGCAUUUCCACAGGAAGCAGUCCGAAGUACCGUUCCUGGCUCCUUUGUUCUCCUGCUGUAUAACCUUGGUCAGCCCAUUCAUCUCUUCAAGGUAUCAUUUCAUUGUCUCUCAAAUGUAGAGGUCAAUUUUAGUACUCGUACUAAAAGGCUUUAUACUGGGCAGUGUCAGCACACGAAAGAUGAGAAAUUACAGUUGGUGUUUGAAAAUACAGAAGGAAAGGACAAAUAAGAGAAGAAAGGUAAAACAUGAGGAGUCAUAGUUGCCCUGGCAACAGCCAGUCUUGGGACUUGAGCCCACCAACAAAACCAGCCUCCUCUAGAAGCAAAGAAUCUGAGGCUCUUCCUGACGUGGUAGUCUCCCAUUUCCUCACAGAUCAUUCCCUAAAGACAGUGGCUAUGGAAAAUGAUUCUUCAGUAAUUGAGUUCAUCCUGAUAGGAUUGACCAACCAGCCUGAACUCCAGCUACCCCUCUUCUUUCUCUUCUUAGUGAACUAUGUGGUCACGGUGGUGGGAAAUUUGAGCUUAAUGAAUCUCACUGUCCUGAAUUCUCAUCUUCACACCCCCAUGUAUUUUUUCAUCUUCAAUCUGUCCUUCAUAGACCUCUGUCACUCUUUGGUCCUUACCCCUAAAAUGCUAAUGAGCUUUAUGUCAGAGAAGAACAUCAUCUCCUUUGCAGGAUGCAUGACUCAGCUAUUUUUCUUCUGUUUCUUUGUCCAUUCUGAGUGCUAUGUGUUGACAGCCAUGGCCUAUGAUCGCUAUGUGGCCAUUUGCAAGCCCCUGCUGUACACAGUUGCCAUGUCCCCUCAGGUUUGUUUUCUGCUGAUGUGUGGUUCAUAUGUUAUGGGGUUCGCUGGUGCCAUAGCCCACACAGCUAACAUGGUCAGACUGUCCUUUUGUGACACCAAUACCAUCAACCAUUAUAUGUGUGACAUCUUCCCCCUCCUCCAGCUCUCUUGCAGCAACACCUAUGCCAAUGAACUGGUGGAUUCCAUUAUUGUGAGCACAGUUGUAACACUAUCCAGCUUUAUUAUUUUCAUUUCUUAUGCUUUGAUCCUUUCCAAUAUCCUCCACAUCUCAUCAACUGGGGGUUUGUCCAAAGCUUUCAGCACCUGUGGCUCCCACAUGAUAACUGUUGCUCUAUUUUAUGGUUCUGGAUUGUUCACACAUCUCAAGACCUCUUCUGCUGAUUCUGUGGACCAGGGGAAGUUCUUCUCAAUAUUUUAUACCAAUGUAGUGCCCAUGCUUAACCCCCUCAUCUAUAGCCUGAGGAACAAGGAUGUCAGAUUUGCUCUGAAGAAAACCCUGAAGAGAUUUGCAAAUUAAGUAGAACUGAUGUUGCUGGGUUGUUGUGUUUUUUUGGUGUGCCUUUUUUCACUGAAAUUUCUUCAGAACAAGGUCUUUAAACAUUUUUUCCUCUCUAAGCAUGCCAUGAAAACAUAUUGUUGAACUCUGUGGUUAUUCUCAGUCCUAUGAUUACCCCCUCAGUUGAAACUUGUUCUUCAAAGGAUG